GACCUGUACAGCAGCCUCUGGAGGAUCGAAUCUUCACUCCCACCGUCUCGGCAGUAUACAGCACGGUAACACAAGUAGCAAGACAGCCAGGACCCCCGACCCCUUCCCCUUACUCAGCACAUGAAAUAAACAAGGGACAUCCAAAUCUUGCAGCAACGCCCCCGGGACAUGCUUCGUCCCCUGGACUCUCUCAGACCCCUUAUCCCUCUGGACAGAAUGCAGGUCCAACCACGCUGGUGUAUCCCCAAGCCCCUCAGACAAUGAAUUCACAACCUCAAACCCGUUCUCCGUUUUUCCAGAGGCCUCAAAUACAGCCUCCUAGAGCUACCAUCACGAACAGCAGUCCUUCCAUCCGUCCUGGUGCACAGACACCCACUGCAGUGUAUCAGGCCAAUCAGCACAUCAUGAUGGUUAACCAUCUGCCCAUGCCGUACCCAGUGCCCCAGGGUCCUCAGUACUGUAUACCACAGUACCGUCACAGUGGCCCUCCUUAUGUUGGGCCCCCACAACAAUAUCCAGUUCAGCCACCGGGGCCAGGUCCUUUUUAUCCUGGACCAGGACCUGGGGACUUCCCAAAUGCUUAUGGAACGCCUUUUUACCCAAGUCAGCCAGUGUAUCAGUCAGCACCUAUCAUAGUGCCUACGCAGCAGCAGCCCCCUCCAGCCAAGAGAGAAAAAAAAACAAUAAGAAUUCGAGAUCCAAACCAGGGAGGUAAAGACAUAACAGAGGAGAUUAUGUCUGGAGGUGGCAGCAGAAAUCCUACUCCACCCAUAGGGAGACCUACAUCUACACCUACUCCUCCUCAGCAGCUGCCCAGCCAGGUCCCUGAGCACAGCCCUGUGGUUUAUGGGACUGUGGAGAGCGUUCAUCUUGCUGCCAGCACCCCUGUCACUGCAGCUAGCGACCAGAAGCAAGAAGAGAAGCCAAAACCAGAUCCAGUGUUAAAGUCUCCUUCUCCAGUCCUUAGGCUAGUCCUCAGUGGGGAGAAGAAAGAACAAGCAGGCCAGACAUCUGAGACACCUGCUGUAGAAUCCACACAAGUGCUUCCUCAGCCUGCGUCACCUACCACUGUUUCUCCGAUUGCUCGGAAUAUGAUUCCUUCUCCCACUUCUGCUGUUCUUAGUAGCCAACCAAUGUUCACCACUGCUUUAGAUGCCAGAUGUGAACACUCUUCCCCAAAAGAGGACACAUUUCCUAUAUCCAGUCCCACAUCUUGUACAGAAACAUCGGAUCCUUCACCAACAGAUGACAUUGAUGAUGAUAUAUGCAAGAAACCUUGUAAUGUAGCUCCUAAUGAUAUCCCACUGAUUUCUAGUACUAACCUAAUUAAUGAAAUGAAUGGAGUUAGUGAAAAAUUACCGGCCAUGGAGAGCGUUGUGGAAAUAGUAAAGCAGGAGGUGCUGCCAUUGACACUUGAAUUGGAGAUUCUGGAAAAUCCCCCAGAAGAAAUGAAAGUAGAAUGUGUGUCCACGCCUAUCACCCCUUCCACAGUUCAUUCCUUUUCUCCAUCUCCUCCAACUCCUCCAGCUUCUCCUCCUCCCACUCCAGUCAUUGUUCCUGCUGCCGCCACUACCAUGAGUGCUCCUACUGCUCCCACCAAAGCUCAGGGAGUCUUUGAAGAGGAGGAGAGCAUAAGAACUUGCUUUAAUGAAGAUGGAAAAGAAAUUAAAAAAAAGAUGGAGGCAGAAGCAGACGGGCAAGCAGAAGAAACUGUAGAUUCUCAGAGCUUAAACUCAAGAAAGAGCCCUGUCCCAGAAACAUCGAAUGAAUGCUGAAAUUUCUAGUCUGUUUUCUUCAAUGGUGUGUUUGUGUUUUAGUGCAGACAGCAAAAGAAUUACUACAUUGUCUAACAAAAACAAAUGAAAAUUUCAAAUAUACAAAGUGCCUCCAAAAUAUAUGUC